AUCGACACAUUUCAGUGGACUAUUUAAGUGGGGGAAAUGGUAUUCAAUUCUGAUCCUCAAUCAGCAGAUAUUGUGCCCAGUGGCCACCAUCUCAACCUUCAAUCAGGUCCUGGGACAUUUGUUAAGGGGCCUCUUCACAAUAACCUCCAUUUUGUGCCAUUUCACCAGCACCCACCCUGCUUUCCCCAUCAGAUGGGGGAAUGGGACAAGACGCAUUGGUCUUUCUCCAUCAAAUGAGGAAAAGGCACCAAAAAUGUGUUUAGCUCUGUCAAAGCUAACCAAAACCCACUUACUUGCAACUUCAGGGAUGAAUGUGGGCUGGGCCAACCAGCGUUGUCUAAUGGCUCUCAGUAGGCCCCGUCCCAAAGAGGUGCUAGGGGCCUAAAAUCCCCAGUAUGAUGAGAUGGUAGGUGCUGUAGGACACAGGGAAACCAGUUCAUUUAAAUCCACCUCCAAACUUUACUGUAAUGUCAGUGUAGAAGGACCUUCUGAAACCUUUGGAGCUUGGAAAAUAUACUUUUUAGGGUAUUACAUUACCAGAACGAUCCAGGCAACAUAGUCAAUGGCUGUGCCAACUAGAAAAUUUGAGGAUGUCAACCUAGGACAUGCAAUAGAACACUUGUGGAGCAUCAGGCCACAUUACAAUACUUAGACAAGAUCUUGAACUUAUGGCCUGGAAAAAUUGGGAACAUUGAGCUUAGGAGGGGAAUAAUGGGAGAACAGAAGCAACACUCAAGAGCCACCAGAGAUCUUCCAUGCACAUCCCCUAUUAGGUCUCUGAAUGACCACCUUGGUUUUGGGGGUGGAAGCAACAACUUUCUAAGAGAACUGCUUGAGUAAUACAUCAAUAGAUGUCUUCUUGUGCAAACAAGAUACAACUGUUUGCAGAAGCAAUGUUUGUGUGAGCAGAGUGUCUCUAGUUCAUUGUAUUCCCAAAAUGUAAUUUGUCCACGUUUCAUUGUAGUAAAAUGAAAAUGCAGGCAUAAAAAUACAUCUCCUUUCCUGGUGUUGCAUUUUCAGUUUUCAAACCUACUGAAUUGAAUCACUUAAUGCUCUAAUCAAUCAUGGGAAGAAGAGUAACUAGUGGGAAAAGUGUAGAUUUUUUUAAAGCUUUGCAUUUUCUCCCAUGAUUGGUAGCGUUCUGAGUAUCAUUUAUAGACUCCAUGAGCCACACUCUCCUUUUUUUAUGAAGCAAAAGUAAAACCUUUGAAGCUCAUAAAUGCUAGAAAUUUUUUCUGAUCUCCCUAUAAUGAAGCAACCAAGCCCAGAUCCACAAAGAAAUAUAAAGGCCACACACUUUUCAGAAGGAAUCAGAGUGUUUCUUGCUUGCCCUUCCUGCAAUUUUAACUUCUUCAUUUUGGAACCACCCUCUUUGAAGAAACCAUGUCUUCUCCACCAAGUCCUGCAAAAAGACCCAGUAACUUUACUUCUUGCUCAGCUCUCCUCCCAUCAACUGAGAGCAGAAAUUACUUUGGUUUUCCUUCCACUUCCAAAGGAUACAGCUCUGGAUUCAAGGGAGCUGGUUACUUUAGCAGCCAAAGUCUGAGUGGUUCGAGUUCUCAUGGUCCUAAGAUCACAGGGGCUAGUUGCCAUCCUGCAAUAUAUGGAUAUGGCCAUCGAGGAAUUGGUGCAGGAUAUGGCUACUCUGGCACUGGAUGUAGUUACAGUUUAUAUGGCCCCUACGGGUUCAAUCAAGCCGGAAUUGGUACAUCUGGUACUCCUGCUAUCACACCAGUAAUUUGUAACAUGACUCUAUUGCAACCACUCAACCUAGAGAUCAACUCAGCAGCCCAAGCAGUGAAAUGCCAAGAGAAGAACCAACUUCAGUGCCUGAACAGCAAGUUUGCCUGUUUCAUUGACAAGGUGAGAUUUCUGGAGCAGCACAACUUGAUGCUGAAGACCAAAUGGGAUUUCUUGAAAGAAAAAAAGUGCCAGAAAAGCAACAUGGACCCCAUGUUUCAUGAAUAUAUCAGUAGACUAAGGAAGGAACUGGAGCGCCUACAAUGGGAGAGGAAUCAGCUGCAGGUGGAAGUGAACAACUGGAGAGAUACAAUGGAAGGGAACAAGAAGAAAUAUGAAGAAGAAUACAACAGGAGGGCCAGUGCUGAAAAUGAAUAUGUGACACUUAAAAAGGAAGUGGAUUAUAUUUUCAUGGAGAAAUCUGAAAAAGAAGCCAAGGUGGAGACAUUGAUGCAAGACAUUUUCUUUUAUAAAACUACCUUUGAGGAGGAAAUCUGUGAGAUGCAGUCCAGCAUUUCAGACACUUGUGUCACAGUGAAAAUGGACAACAGUCGAGACUUGGAUGUGGCCUGCAUCAUUGAAGAGUUCCGUUGUCGGUAUGAAGAUAUUGCAUCCCGAAGUCGAGCAGAAGCCGAGGCUUGGUGUCAGUGCCAGUAUCAAGAAUUGAAGACAACAGCUGCCAAACACUCUGACAAUCUCCGCAAUUUCAAAGAUGAACUUGAAGAACUGACCAGGACAGUUAACCGAUUGCAAGCAGAGAUUGCCAAUGUGAAAGCUCAGCGCUGCAAACUGGAAGAGGAGGUGGCUGGAGCAGAGGAGCGUGGGGAGAUGGCUGUGAAAGAUGCCAAAUGCAAGCUGUUUGAUCUGGAGGAUGCCCUGCACAAGGCCAAGCAAGACAUGGCUUGCCAGCUACGAGAAUAUCAGGAAUUAAUGCAUCUCAAGCUGGCCCUAGAUAUUGAGAUUGCAACCUACAGAAAACUGCUAGAAGGAGAGGAAUGCAGGAUCAAUGAUGGAGAAUGUGCGGUGAAUAUCUCCGUCCAAAGGAGCCAAGGGGCCGUUGUGUGCAACAGUGACCUCAUUGGUGGGCCAAAGAGAGGAGGAAGCAUUAUGAUGAAUGGAAGAGACACCUGCAACCCUGCAGGAUACAAACAAAGCCUGUCAUCAUGUGGUGCCCCUUGUGCAGUUCAAAGUCCCCCAGUAAUACUAUUGGUGUCGAAGAUCACUGGAAGUUCUUUUUCUGCCUCUGUGUCUGCCUGAUUAAAAAAGGAAAUUUGGUCAUUCA